UGUCCAGAAUUGCGUCCUUUUGCAGCCGGUGGCGAAAGCGUUUGGGUGUUGCACAACUAUGGGCAAGUUCCAGGCGCCAGCGAAGGGCCGUCCGGCCAAGGGGAAGGGCAAGAAGAAGGCAGAGACAGUGAAGUUCACCAUCGACUGCACGCACCCUGUCGAGGAUGGGCUUAUGCAGGCUUCUGACUUCGAGAAGUUCCUUCAAGAGCGGAUCAAAGUGAAUGGCAAGACCAAGAACUUUGGCAAGAAUCUGCACAUUGAAAGGGCCAAGAGCAAGAUAACCGUCAGCGCCUCCAAUGACAUCAAGAUGGGCAAAAGGUAUCUUAAGUACUUGACCAAGAAGUACCUCAAGAAGAACAGCCUGCGAGAUUACCUGCGCGUGGUUGCCAGUUCCAAGGACUCGUACGAGCUCAAGUACUUCAGCUUCGAUGAUGAGGAAGAGGAGGGUGAUGAAAACGAGGACUAAGCUUUAUUUGAAGUCUUCUCAAUACACAAAGUUACCCGCUUU